AUGCAGGUAACUUUACUACCUGCCGGUUUAAGUGGAAAUGAGUUCGAAACCGUGAAGAAGAACGCCUUGAAGGCUCGAGAGCUUUCGUAUAGUCCGUAUUCAAAAUUUCGGGUUGGAUGUUGUAUCAUGACAGGAAGCAGAUCAUACAUUUUGGGGGCCAAUGUGGAAAAUGCUAGUUAUGGCGCCGGAAUAUGUGCUGAACGUACAGCUAUAGUAAAAGCAGUCACUUCGGGCUAUAUGAAAGACUGGAUUUGUCUCGCAAUUAGUGGAGAUUCCUUAGAAUCAUGCAUUUCGCCAUGUGGCAUUUGCAGACAAGCCAUUCGUGAGUUUGCUAGCUUGCAAUUGCCAGUAGUGAUGUUCAACGGCGACGGUUCUAAGUAUAUAGUCAAAACAUUACAGGAGCUACUGCCGCUAAGUUUUGGGCCCGAAGAUCUUCAAGAAGGAAGCGAUAGUCAAUAG